UGGCUUUGUGUUGGGACUCGUGUUCGGGAAGUGACCCGGAAGAUACCCCCAUACCGCCUCGGGUACCAUGGAGGAGCUGAGCGCGGUCGGGGAGCAGGUGUUCGCGGCGGAGUGUAUCCUGAACAAGAGGCUACGUAAGGGCUCCGUGGAGUACCUAGUGAAGUGGAGAGGUUGGUCCUCCAAGCAUAACAGCUGGGAGCCAGAGGAGAAUAUUCUGGAUCCAAGGCUGCUCCUGGCAUUCCAGAAGAGGGAACAAGAGAAGGAGCUGCGAAAUAGAAAGAGAGGGAAGAGGCCACGAGGAAGACCCCGCAAAAAUGUGGAGUUGGAUAUUCCACCAAAGCCAAAAUCCAGCAGCUCCUCUUCAUCGUCCUCCUCAUCAUCUUCAUCCUCUUCUUCCUCAUCGUCGUCCUCUGAUGACAGUGACACAGAAACAAAGAAAGCUCCUCGUCCUAGAGAAUCUCACCCUGUGCCACAAAAGAAGGCACAGGCUGUGGUGGCCAGGCCAGAUCUUAAGGAGCCUGUGCGCAAAAAGCGUGGAAGAAAACCCCUGCCUCCUGAGGAAAAGGCUGCCAGGAGGGCAAAACCGGGACCAAAGGGUACAUUGAGCAAGCUGCAGCCAGUGCAUAGUCCUCAAAGCUUCUCUGCCCUCAAAACUCAAUCCAAGGAGACAUCUUUGCCCAGCAACAAUAGACCUGGGGGAUUAUCUGCAGAGCUAUUGUCCAGCAUUGCCAAGAAUUCCCCUAGCCAACCAAAUGGAAAUUCUCCUCGGGGGCUUAGCUGGCAAAGCUCUAUUGUACAUUAUAUGAACCGUUUAACUCAAAGCAACACACAGUCCAACACAAAAAUGACCAGCUCCACAUUUGGUGCAAAGAGGACCUGUCCAGACCCAAAGAGUGCUUCCAAAAUUCGGCCAGAUGUUGGAAUUAACCCUCCUACUCCAAAACCACACAAACCUCAUGAAACAGAGGAGCAGUCUCAUUCAAGUCCAGUGGCCCAAACUGCGACAAAUGGUGGAGCCAACAACAGAGAAAGCAGUAGUCAGACUGUAACUAUUCAGAGUAAGACACAGGGAUUGGCAGCUCAUACAGGAAACCAGGCUGGGUCCCAGCUAACGAAAAAUAAUGGGUCCUCCCAAACUGGAAAUGCAAUUGGCAAAGGAGAAAAAGUGACCCGGAAAGCUGGAGGAAUUGGGGAUUCCAGGCAAGGAGCUACAGCACCCCCAGGAAGUAAACCUGCAGGGGAUAGAGGGCCGCAGAUUGAGAGACCUGGGGAGCUGGCAGAACUAAGUACUGGAGAGGACAGCAGCCUGGACUCCGACCACGAUUCGUCUCUUUCCAGUCAAGAUAUGUCAGUUCAGGCUGGCCAGGACUGGAAGCCAGCCCGUAGCUUGUUGGAGCAUGUAUUUGUGACAGAUGUCACAGCCAACCUUAUAACUGUCACUGUUAAGGAAUCUCCCACCAGUGUUGGCUUCUUUAACAUGCGCCACUUCUGAAGGCAUUGAGGAUAUAAACCAAGCGAUGUUCAGAGAUUUGCUUUUCAAUCACACUUCUGCCUCCUUGCAGAAAAUAACAUUUCUGCUCCAAGACUUAUUUUUUUUACUGUUUAGUUGCUUAAACCUCUCAAUAACAAGUGUUUAAGUUGCCCAAUAGACUAAUUCCUAAUUGCAGGUUACAAUUGUGCCUGUCCAUUAGGAUUAUGCAAAGCAUCUUCUUUUUUUUUUUUUUUUUUUUUGUUAAAAUAUUUUAUGGUAUGAUGUUUAUGGAAAUUCUCAAUUUAUUCUAUUUUUAUUUUAUUUUUUUAAGUAAUGGUUGCUGGCUUUUUCAAAGAUGCUAUGUGUCUCUACCUGAGGAUGCUAUGUGCUUUAAUAUUAGCAGCUUAAGAAGAAGUUGGGACUGUGGUUUGUCAAACCAAGUAGCUAUAUUUCAGCUGCAUUAGGUCGUUUUGAGAGUAGCGUGAAUAGAUGGAAAUACUUCACUUAAAUCAGAAUCUUGGUUAGAUUUAUUCACAUUAAACCAAAAUACUGGUCAAGCCUUAACUACAGGAAGAGCUGUGCCUAGACAUUAUUGUCACAUGCAGCACUGAAAUGGCCCGAAAGCCUAUGUGACUGGAUCAAGACUUCUCCUUACAGAAGUAGAUGUGCCUUGGGUGUGUCUCAUAUUGUAGAGUAACGUUGGGUCAUGUUAAAUCCCAGGGCUUUCCAAGCUAUAAGGGUUGUGAUGUUGUUAUCCACAAUGUUUGUGCCUUUUUUAGAUUUCUAUUGUUACGCUUUAUGGCAAUGUGUAGUAGUUUUCUAUGAAUCAUUGGAAGCCUCAUAAUGAAAGGGUCCGAGAUUAGAACUGCGUUAUUUAAAUGGUUAACUUUUAACAAUUAUAACUGCUAUCUUUAAAAACUGCAUGAAAGCAGGAUUAUUACCUAUUGUGUUCCUUUUUUUUUUUUUUUCUUAUGCUAAAUUGACAAUAAAAUUUAGGACACGUUUUUGGGUGCAUUCAGAACGAAUAUGUAAUCCUGUGAAUUUGUUGUAACUGACAGCAAUUUCAUACUUGUAGUACAGUUUAUAACAAGGGUGCCCAUACUUGACUGAACAUUUGUCCUGUACGGAAGUCAUAUCAGAUUGCAAGUAGGAUCUGUACAAUGUUUCUGUGUGAGACUUUAACCCUCGGAAAGGGUUUAAACACAUAGCUAAGUACAACAAGGGGGCUUAGUGCAAAAACAAAAAUGCUUUUGAGGAAAUUAAAAUAUUUUUUUGGUUUUGCAUUGGAACCUCGCUUUAACUAAAAUAUGACAGUGUUUCCUGUCUGUCUGAGCAUUUUCUCUGUACACUGGGAGUGCUGUGACACAAGCAACAGGUUGCCAAAACGUAGACUGUAUGAUUCUCUAGGGUUAAGCUUUAUUAAAAUGUGACGUGGAAGCACAGUGUUGAGAAAUCUAAAAGGCUAGCCCUGUAAAUAUGCAACAGACUGAACAAAUCAUUGUCAGUUACCUGUUUCCCUACACUGUGAUUUCAUCUGUCUUGUAUACCUCUAAGGAUAAAGUCUGUGUUUGAGUUCCCAGAUAAUGACAGAUUAAGCAAUAAGGGUUGACGGCUAUUUCGAGGUCUGAACUCGAGUGCCUUUCAGCCCUAUGUAAGUUCAAUGUUAGAUAACAUCUGUGGUGAAGGAUCCCAUUCACAUGGAAGAGAGGUUAUUGCUAGAGUUGGAGAUCUAUUUAAAAAAAGGCUGAUCAGGAGGAUGGGAUCUUGUUUAAAACAAGACUCCAAUAUGGGGGGAGGGGGGGGGAUGAACAUGUAACACUGUGCUUCUCAAGUCAUUCCCUUAUCAGGUCAGAUAUAUAAAGGAACUGUGUCUACAUGAACACCAAUCACAAUAAAUUAUCUACUGAACAGGUCAGAAAAGGAACUGCUUUAAAAGGACAGUAAACACCUUGAGUUUUGUAUAUAAAAGUUAUGGUUUUAUCAGAUGCAGGUGAUGUGUGAGCGGCCGCUCCAAACUCUCUGGUCGGCGUCGACUGUGGCUCAAACAAAUGACGUCAUAGACGUUGCCGUGACUUCGGCUGUAUUGGCAAAGGUGCUCGCGGUGACAGGGUGCUGUGCCUAGGAGGCAAUGAAUCACAUUGCCAUAUGCAGAAAUUGUGCUGCCUAAUCUUUACUUUUUUAAGUUAUGGUUUACUUGUGUGUAAUGAAACAACUUUGCAAUAUAUGUUUAUUUUGCCCCCUUUUCAUGUUGUGUAUCUCUGAAAACUGAACAAUGUCUAAUUCCCAGAACUUAAACUGUACCCUGCUGACUUCUUAAGGCUAACUCUUCUACAUAGUUCUCCCUAAUUAGCUUUAGCUGAUAAUUAAUGAUAAGCAAUGCACUUAACCGUGCUCUAAAGCCUAGAUUGAUUCCUCCGAAUAAGCCAAAUAGUGGGUAAAGUUUAGCAGUUGAAUAAAAAUGCAAUAAAAAGGAUGUUAAUUUGUUUUGAAAACAUUGACUUGUUAUGCUGUAUGUGAGAUCAGAAACACUGCAUAUAGAAAUAGACAAAUGCAAGAGAUGAGCCCCGUUAUCAAGGGAAGGGACCUACUUAAGUAGAAUAUUCAUUGUAAAACAAUGACUACUAACAUGAAUUCUGUCAUUAGAAUGUUUCUUUAAAAUAAAAAUUAGAAUACAGUACCCCAAUAAACUUACACUGAAGCCUGAUAAUUCACAUUUUGAAAGUUAAAUUUGAUAGCUGAAUAUUGCAAUAAAGGACCAUUAAAAACAGCAUAAUUGGGUGCAUAAUAAAAAUUCAAUAAAUGCAACAGCACUUUUUCUGACAAACUUCAAAAUGUACCUACAUUUCCAGAACCUGUAUCAUGUGACGGUAACCAGACUGAUAAACAUAUACACUGAACUCCUGCACAUGCUCAGUAGUAGCUGGUGCCCCCAAUUUUGCAUAUAAAUAGAUUGUGCACAAUAUAAUAUUGGAAAGUAUCUAAAAAACAAAAUCAGAUAAACUGCAUGCUCUUUAAGGGAAAUGUAAUUUUGCAAAAAACACUUUUUCUGUUUGACAUCCUUUCCAAUGAAUUGCCAAGCAUUUGUUUUUCGUCUAUCCAACCCUUGUCCUAUUUAGUUUCUAAAUGAUAAUAUAAAAGAACAAAAUUAGCACUCGGUGCAGCCCACAUAAGUUUUUCAAUUAAUGGCUAUAACCGGUACCAUUGUGGUAGUGGCACAGAAUUUAUUGAAGUAGUCAAUAGCCCUGCUCUAGUAAUAUUCAACUGUUUAUUUUUAUAUGUCUAUCCUUUUUAAUGAGGCACAAGACCAAACCAAGUGGUAUACUAUAAGUGGACUACUAGUUUCUGCACAGUGAUUAAAGGGAUAUGAAACCCAAUUUUUUUUUUCUUUCAUGAUUGAGAGAGCAAAAACAGCAACAAUCUAAUUUACUCCUAUUAUCAAUUUUUCUUCAUUCUUGUGCUAUCUUUAUUUGAAAAAGGAGGAAUGUAAGCUUAGGAGCUGGCCCAUUUUUGGUACAGCACCUGGGUAGCGGUUGCUGAUUGGGGGCUAAAUGCAGCCACCAAUCGGCAAGCGCUAUCCAGGGUUCUGAACCAAAAAAUGGGCCAGCUCCUAAGCCUACAUUCCUCCUUUUUCAAAUAAAGAUAGCAAUAGGACUAAAACGAAUAGGAGUAAAUUAGAGCAUGCAAUUUUAAACAACUUUCUAUCUGAAUCAGGAAAGACAAAACCCAAAUUUGUUGUCCUUUUAAGUGACCUUCAAAAUACGUACAGACCAUAAUAGCCCAAAAUUUAAAGACAAGUUGGAGAGAAAAGGACAUUAAAUGGUUCUUUUAGUAAAAACAAAUGUUAAAGGGACAGUAUACUAUAAAAUUGUUUUUCCCUUAAUGUGUUUCCAGUGACAUUUUUUUUUUUUUACCAACUGCAGAAUAUAACAUGCAUGAGAAUUGGUUUUUAAAGGGACAGUCUAGCCCAAAAUAAACUUUCAUGAUUCAGAUAGAGCAUGUAAUUUUAAACAAUUAUCCAAUUUACUUUUAUCACCAAUUUUGCUUUGUUCUCUUGGUUUUCUUAGUUGAAAGCUUAACCUAGGAGGUUCAUAUGCUAAUUUCUUAGACCUUGAAGGCCACCUCUUUUCAGAAUGCAUUUUAACAGUUUUUCACCUCUAGAGGCUGUUAGUUCACGUAUUUCAUAUAGAUAACACUGUGCUCGUGCAUGUGAAGUUAUCUGGGAGCAGGCACUGAUUUGGCUAGACUGAAAGUCUGUCAAAAGAACUGAAAUAAAGGGGCAGUUUGCAGAGGCUUAGAUAAAAGAUAAUCACAGAGGUUAAAAGUAUAUUAUAACUGUUGGUUAUGCAAAACUGGGGAAUGGGUAAUAAAGGGAUUAUUUAUCUUUUUAAAACAAUAAAAAUUCUGGUGUAGACUGUCCCUUUAAGGUUUAUUUGUGUAUAUGAAUUAGCUGAUUUUGUGUUUUGAAGCCACAACCUAAUAAAAUAGGUUGAGCUUGUAGGUAUAAUCAGAUUUAAUUACUUUCACAUCUGCCGUAAACCAAUCACCAAUACUUGGAGAGAACAAUGGAAACAUUUAAAUUGUAUUACUGUAUCUCUUCUAUACCCCACUGGGAGUGUAAUUUCUUCUGCUAAUACCGUAGACUAAAUCAACUGUUUUCAAAUGCCUCUAAGUGUAAUGGAAAUACUUGUAAACAAUUUAAUACACUCCAGCCAGUAAAGUGGAUCAUUGGGAACAAAUUAAAAUGGAGAAAAAGUUUGAGUAAACUGUCCCUUUAAAUCAAAGUAAAACUAAAAAGAAACAGGUUUUGUAAAAAAAUCAAAAGCAACUUGUUUUUUUUGCAAAAUUAGCACUUAAGAAAGUUAUCGUAUCCCUGCCCCCAGUGUUAUAUGGGAGUUGACAUCUUUGAAACUUAGGUUACAUUCUGACUGAUCUAGGUAUAAGUCUGGCUCCCUGUUAUCUAGUCUAUUCACUUAAUAGUAACCAGCCUAGAAGUUUUGACAUCUGGCUAAGAUAAACCUUCCUGCAGAGGCCCCCUCCUCAUUGUAAGGCUGUGACAGAAAGUAAUGUACACUGCACAAAUGUAGUGUAUAUAAAAAAAAUAGUAAAAUCCAUUUAGAAUGAUUAAAAUUGCAAUGAUUUCUAUUAAGUAUAAGACACUGCUUAGUGCUUUUUUUAUGGCAACAAUGAAACUGACUAACAUCCCUUUAACUGCUUUUCUAUAAAAAUGCCCUUCCCUAGAGACUUACAGGAGCAGGGACCAUCUUGCUAUUUGAUGUGUUUACAUAUGUGAUUCUGGGGGUUAAGAAAUAUGUUCUAUCAUUCUCUGAGUUAGGGUUAUUCUGUUUAUUUCACAUCCAAAGUACUGGAAAUACAAUCUGAAUGUUAAAUUAAAUAUUUUGCUGUUUGAUUGGCAUAUGGAACUCCAAUACAUCAUGAACUUUCUGACCACAGAGGGUAACUGCUGUCUAUUUAGCACCUCUUGGGUGUGAUCCCUAAACUGCCAUAUUUUAAUAUUUUGGAAUAUAGUGUUCCUGCAUUUCAUCUCAGUCACAAGCAUUAGAUUUGGUUGUAUACAUUUUAUUUCUUUUUUUUUUUUUUUUUUUUUUUUAAGUAAUGUAUUUGUUAUAAGACUUUCGGCACUGACCUUAUUCAGAGGGUUCAGCUUAAUUGUGUUUUUGUUAGUCCUUUUGUUUUAUAUUAACUUUUUUUUUUUUUUAUAUAUUUUUAACUCAACUGUGGUUUGGAUACAAUGCUUCUAGCUCUAGGCAACCUCUUAAUUUAUUACUUGCAUACAGACACUAGAAACAGGUUGUGUAUUUGAAAAGAUUUUUCUAUAUGUAUUUUGUACUGUGUAGCAUAUCAAUAAAUAUUUUUGUAAUCUUUUCAAA